UUCUGUUAAGUGAAUAUCUCUUGCAAAAAACAUGCAGCCAAGAUGAAGACGUGGAUUAUAUUUCUCUGCCUGAGCAAUGGAUGGAUGCAAACAACCCAUACUGCUGCUGUAACCCCAGCACCCUCCUCUGCAACAGUGACACCCACUGAAGAUGACAGCUCCCAACUGGUGGAUUGGUUGAUGAAGUAUGGCUACCUCCCACCCCCAGACCCCUCCACAGGACAGCUACAGGCCUGGACAGCUGUUACUAAUGCUGUCAGGGCCAUGCAGAGGUUUGCAGGCCUCAAAGACACUGGAGUCGUAGAUGAAGAAACAAUGGCGUUAAUGAGCGCUCCACGCUGUUCCCUACCUGAUCAGGAAGAGCCAUCUAAAUCACUGACCAAUCAAGAAGAGAGAAACACGAGAAGAAGGAGGAAAAGGGCUAUCUCCAUGUGGACCCGCAGGAACAUCAACUGGAGGUUGCGUUCGUAUCCCUCAUCUUCCCAUCUGUCUCGGGAGACGAUUCGCUCGCUGGUCUUCUACGCUUUAAGAGUGUGGGCAGAGCCUACACCGCUGGAGUUCCAUGAGGUGGGAAGUCCAGAGUCAGCUGACCUACAGGUAGACUUCCUCCAUGGUUACCACGGCGAUGGCUAUCCCUUUGAUGGGGCAGGCGGUGCAGUUGGCCAUGCUUUUUUCCCAUCAGAUCCUUCCCGGGCAGGAGGAGUUCAUUUGGACGCAGAGGAAGAGUGGGCCUUCAGACAGCCGGCCUCGGCGGGUACUGACUUAUUCACAGUUCUGGUCCAUGAAUUUGGCCACGCACUGGGCCUGGCUCACUCUUCAUCCCGUCACUCAGUGAUGAGGCCAUACUACCAAGGUCCUGCUGGAGACCCCCUUCACUACCGCCUGGGAUCCCAAGAUCUAGAACACAUCACCCAGCUCUAUGGUAAAAGGAACCAGCUGCUGGCUACCGAUGCUCCCCGCCUCGCCCCAGAGCCUCAGUUACGUCACAGAGGCCACCACUAUCAUCACAGAUAUGGUCCCUCUGUAGAUCGCUGUAACACCAGUUUUGAUACUGUGGCAACAAUCCGGGGAGAGACAUUCUUCUUCAAAGGACUGACUAUGUGGCGAGUCAGCGGUGGGGGUUUGGUGUCGGGUCGCGGGGCCUCAGUCAGGAGACUGUGGAAGGGUCUACCUCCUGACCUGCCAAGCCUUCACGCUGUGCUGGAGAGACAGUCAGACCAUGCCAUCAUCUUCAUCAGCGGUUCCCAGUUCUGGCUGUUCAGGGACCUCUCCCUGCAGGAAGGCUACCCACAGCCCCUGUCAGCUCUCAGGAUGGGGGUGAGCUUGGAAGGGGCGGAUGAUGACGACGUAGAGAAGGAAGAAGAGGAGAAAGGAGCAGUUGGGAAGCGGGGCUUGGUCUGGGACCCAGAGGAGGGCCCUGUGUGGGGGGAAAUGGGAGACGGCGAGAAAACAGGGCAAGGUGACACCUGGACUCAGCUUCUCAGAGAGGGCAUCAGUGGAAUCACGACACACAGCGAUGGUUCUGUCUAUCUCUUCAGAGGAGACUCCUACUGGAAGUUCAUGUUUCCGGGCUCCUCACUGCAUGAUGGGUACCCGCGAUCGUCGGCCGCCGACUGGCUGGACUGCCCAGAUUCCUCCUCAUCCUCACCUGUGGAAGACGACGUGUCCUUGUCUCUCUCUCCACAUGCAGGAAGACAGGAGCUCCGUGAGGGAUGGAGGGAGGAGAAGGAGAAGGAGGAAGCGGGAGGAAAGAGGAGAGACCAUGGGAGGGAGGGACAUGGACAAGAACAUAAAAACAGGCAGGACAGAGGUCCACACAAAUGGACACAAUGUACUUGCCAAAAUGGAGCUCUUAGUGGCAGGACAACAUCUUUUAUCGCUGCCUUGCUGCUGGGCACAUGGACACUGUUGGCAAUAUAAAUGUGAUCGAUGCAAUAAAGCCAGCUGUAACGGAGAGGAUGUCAUCUGCAAACACUCACCAUGUGCAUUCACUAUAUAGAGAAAGAUUCAUUAUUUUGGGAAAUAUGGGGCAAUAUCAGCCUCAUGUCUGUUUGUUACGUCUAAUGCUGCAGUCAGAACUUGGUUAGCUUAGCAUAGAAUAAGGCCUGGAAGCAGGGGGAAACAGCUAGCCUGGUUAUGUGUGACUUGACUUACACAAACAACAUUGUAUCCAUCCUUAAAGCAGCUCUGUGCAGUGUUGUAGGUUGUAGUUUAGGAUCAUCAACCUCACUGUAAUCACAGUCUUUUUUCCCUUAACUUUGAGCUGAGUCAGGGUAGCUAGGCUAGGCUUUUCUCUGCUUCAGUUUUUUAUAGUAAGCUGUGCUAACCAUGCUCUCUACCUGAGGUUCAUAUCCAUCUUCUCUUCUCACAGUCAGAAGAAAACUAAAAUGAGUUCAUUUCCCCAAAACCUUGAAUUGUUGAUUUAAAUUCCAGUAUUUGCUAUAGUUACAGGUAUGCUGAGGACCAUUGUCUACACACGAAAUUAUCAAAUUUGAAAGUCGAAAUUCAAAUUUGGUCUUUAUAUACUAAAAAUGUGUACUAUUCAGCUCUCCUAGUCUAGCUUAUGGGAACAAAACAACCCCCAAAAUACAUAAAAUGACUCCAGACUCUGGUGUGUUGAUUUUUUGAAGCUGAUUGAUUUAUUGGAUUGUCACCACUCACAAAGCUGCUGAUUUUAGAGGCUGCAGGGGUUUUUUUGGUCAAAAAUCUUUGUAAAAUAUCAACUACAAAACUAAUGCAGAUAUUUUCUUGACUAUGCAAUGAAUUGUACUUAUGACCUUUAGGGUUAAAAAGGAGCCUGCAGGGAGCACAUAGCAGACUAUGUGGUAAAUAUUGAUUUGAUCCACACUUUGUAAACCAGUCACAGUUGUGAUAUCUUUAUUAUAAACUGCAUUUUUUUACUUGAUGGAAGGGCUUUUUACA